AUGGAAGGAGAAGAAUCCCUUCAGGACUGGAAGAAGAGGAGGGAAGCCCGUCGUCGUCAGCGCAAAGCGGCUCCUUCCGAAGAAGAAUUGUUGUUGACUUCGGUCGAAGACGACAACAACGAUGACGAUGAUGCCAAGGUCGAGCCAGAGGUGAUCGUCCCAUUGUCGAAGCGAAGGCGUCUGGAACAAGAAAAACUAUUGAAGGAUUCCAUGAAUUCCGGUGGAAACCGACGAAAGCAAAAGGUGAUUGAUUCUUUGGGGGGACAGAACAACAACAACAACGACAACAACACCAAAAAGUCCUCCAACUCUGUUCGAUUUGCCGAAGAGACCGAGGAAAAGAAUUCAAAGGGCGAGGGUGGCGACAAGAAAGACUCGGACGAUGCCCCUUCGGAUACUCAUGUCGAAUCUCUCUUGGAACGGGCUACAGCCUUGCAACAAACUCUCACCGAUGCGGAGCGGCAAGAAGCCAAACGCAAAGAGGAAGAAGAACGAAUUCUACGAGAAUCUUCCAAAGUCCAAACCAACGCCUUGCAGGCGGCGUCCGAAUUGGCCAAGGGAGUCAUUUACAAAGAUCCCAUGCCAUCGUCUUGGACGGCUCCUCGCUAUAUUCUAGAACAAGGCGAAGCUGCCUGGCAAAAAACGCGCAAAGAAUGGCACAUGGAAACAGAAGGCAACAAUAUUCCACCACCCAUGAAACGAUUCACCGACAUGAAACUACCAGCCCCCAUCAUCAAGGCACUCGCCAAGAAGAAUAUCAAACGCCCCACUCCCAUUCAAAUGCAGGGAUUGCCCGUCGCAUUGGCGUCACGAGACAUGGUCGGUAUUGCCUUUACCGGAUCCGGAAAAACCAUGACCUUUUCCUUGCCCAUGGUCAUGGCAGCGCUCGAAGAAGAAUUUCGAAUGCCACUGUUGCCGGGAGAAGGUCCCGUGAGUGUCGUCAUGGCACCGAGUCGAGAAUUGGCACGCCAAACCUACGACGUGGUACAAGAGUUUUGUACCACAAUUUCGGAAACGCCAGAAUAUCCAGAACUACGGGCACAACUGUUUAUUGGAGGAGAGUCGGUCCGGGAUCAGUUGCAAAUGGUGCAACAAAAGGGAGUCCAUUGCAUCGUGGCAACUCCGGGACGAUUGCGGGACAUUCUCAAACGAAAGGCAAUGACUCUGAAUAUUUGUCGAUUCAUUUGUUUGGAUGAAGCCGAUCGGAUGUUGGAUUUGGGAUUCGAUGAAGAAGUGGGAGAAAUCAUGAACUACUUUCAGCAUCAGCGGCAGACGCUGCUAUUUAGUGCCACAUUUCCACAAAAGUUCCAACAAUUUGCCAAACAGACGCUGGUGCAGCCGAUUGUUGUCAAUGUGGGGCGGGCCGGAGCAGCCAACUUGGAUGUCAUUCAGGAAGUGGAAUAUGUCAAACAAGAGGCCAAGAUUGUGUAUCUAUUGCACUGUCUGCAAAAGACGUCACCCCCGGGAGUGGAAGCAGUGAGUAUCCAUGGAGGAAAGGAUCAGGAAGAACGUAACGAGGCCAUUGCUCUGUACAAGGAUGGCAAGAAGGAUGUUUUGGUCGCCACGGAUAUUGCAGCCAAAGGUCUUGAUUUCAGUGAUAUUCAACAUGUCAUCAACUUUGACAUGCCGACUGAAAUUGAAAAUUACGUUCACAGGAUUGGUCGUACCGGUCGAUGUGGCAAAACAGGAGUUGCGACCACAUUCAUCAACAAGAGCUCGGACGAAACAACUUUGCUCGAUCUGAAACAUUUGCUUAAAGAAGCCAGACAACGAAUCCCGCCCGUCUUGAUGAUGCUCGACGAUCCAAGGGAACAAAAUGGAGGCGAAGGAGGCGGAUGUUCAUUCUGUGGUGGAUUGGGUCACACCAUCGUGGACUGUCCCAAGAUUGACAAGGACGCAAAACGUGUUGCCAGCGGGCACAAGGAUGCAUUGGCCACGGGAGGAGGAUACGGUGGAGACUGGUAG